UUUUCUCUCUCUUUCACUCACGCACAAGACCCACCCCCCUCUCUCUCUCUCCACUCCACGGAACCCUAGCCCCCUUUUCUUCCUCUCUCCCAGCCAACAGCAGCAGGAGGCCAGGAGCCACCGCCUAGUGCCCAACGCCGUCGUCCCCGACGAACUCGUCUCCUCAGCCAGCGUCCAGCCUCGUCGUCGCCGAUCCUCUUCUCCUGGAUCCCAUCUCCUCGCGUCGCUAGGUCUCAUCGCCGAACGGGUGGAGGGUGCUGUCGCCGCCGGGUGGAACUGACCGUUGUGGCAUCAAGAAUCAUCGCCUGUGGAAGGUGAAGGUCUACUCGUCGCCUGUCAUCGUUUCUCUUCCCCUCGCCGUCGUCUCUCUCGGUCUCCGUCGAGCCCUUUCUCUGUCGCCGUCGUGCCCUCUCUCUGUCGCCGUCGAGCUCUCCAUCUUUCUGUGUGUCGCCGUCGAGCUCAACGACCCUUCCUCCGUUGCUAUUUCAAUCUGCAUUCUGCAUAAUACUGUCUAAACAUGCUGCUGCUACUUCAAUCAGCAUUCUGCAAUAUGCUUUAAUGAAAUGGCUCAAGAUUGAAGAUGACGAGGCAAUCUUCUUCAGGAAGCAACACGUACAGAUUUGGUACUUGAUGUUAGUUUAGAAGAAGCCAUUUUGGAAUGAAAUCAGAUUUACAUCUUAUUAGUUUGGUGUUUGUUGACUGAACCAGAUUGGUAGGAAAAUCUUAACCAAAAAUUAUAGGCCGGACAAAGCCGCGGAGACAUCGGAGUCCGGACGGAGCACAGCCCUAAUGUCGUUCCUUGAAGAAUUUCAAGCUAAUUUGGAGUCUCUACCCGUUAUUCUUCAGAAGAAGUAUGCCUUGUUGCGUGACCUAGAUAAGAGUUUACAGGAGAUUCAAAGGCAAAAUGAACACCGCUGUGAACAAGAAAUUGAAGAUAUUAGGCGAGGAGUUAGGUCUGGAAACAUCACACCUGAUACUUCGGUUAUUCGAUUUUCCGAUGAAGCACUUGAUGAGCAAAAGCAUAGCAUUAGGAUUGCUGAUGAAAAGGUUGCCCUGGCUGUCCAGGCAUAUGAUUUGGUAGAUACACACAUACAACAACUUGAUCAGUAUCUGAAGAAGUUUGAUGAGGAGCUUAGGCGCGAAAGAGAAAAUGCUGCAAUAAGUGGAGUUCUUGCUUCAGCUCCUGAUGGCAAUACAAAAUCUGGAAGGGGUAAUGAAGGUGGCAGAGGAGGGCGUAAAAAACGCCAAACAUCUGUUGCAGUGGCAACAGAAGCACAACCUACACCUGUGAACCCAACUGGCAUGGAAUUGGAUUUACCAGUUGAUCCAAAUGAACCCACAUACUGCUUUUGUAACCAAGUUAGCUAUGGCGAGAUGGUUGCCUGUGAUAACCCUGACUGCAAGAUAGAGUGGUUUCAUUUUGGUUGUGUUGGUCUGAAAGAACAACCAAAAGGAAAAUGGUAUUGUUCAAAUUGCGCAGCAACAAAAAAUCGUCGCAGAGGCAAAUGAGGUUUGACAGAAGAACAAGAUUAGUAGUAAAAUGGGUGACUGUAUAUUGUUAAUAUGUUUAGAAGACGCAACUUUAAUGUUUCAGGGCCUUGAAACUUUGCAUCACUGGCUGUCUUUGCAUCUUACGUUAUUGAUCUUGCAAAUGGAGCUAUUAUUUCGUUGUUAGGUCAAGCUUUCAAAGCGAGGAUAUAUUUUCGUAUAGAUUUUGUGCAGAAUGUAAACUAAAAUUAUUACAAAGUUUACUUGAAUUAUAGUUAGUUCACCUAUUUAGUUGACCAAGAAACCAUCCUUCAUUUACUCUUUAUAUUUAUGUAAAAUACCAUAACUACUUUUGAACUAGAUGAUACAAUGUGGGAGAGUUCCUAGAUGGUGAAAGUUAUUUUGUGGUGUUUAAAGGACCAAGGUGUUUCAA